AUGGCAAGGACACCCCCGGCGCCUCGUCCUCCCAUGCUCCCCUUCCCCUCCUCCUCCUCCGCAGCGACGCGUUUUCGCCCUGGUCGCCGGUGCCUGCACAUCCCGGUGCACCAAGCGCGGUUGCACUGGGAGUACAGGCAGCCAUUGCCGUACCCCGAUGUCACGCUGCCGCACCGUUGGCAUCUGGAUCCGCAGCGGAUCCCGGUGCCGGCGGUUCCUCGUACCCAACGGGCACACGACGACGAGGUGCGCAGGCGCCGCGCGCAGCUCACGCUGGAGCAGCGUCGGCUGCCAGAGUACGCCGCCGACUCCCCCAACUGGGAGGCGUGGUUCGCCCUCGAACACGAGGAGCAACGACGCUCGGGUGUCGACGCCGUCCCGCCGCCGUUCCCACCGCCGCCCCCGCAGGUAGAGCCGGAGGACAUGGAGGCGGAGGCGGAGUACCAAGCCGCCCUCGAGGAGGCCCUGCAGCACGCGCUGGAGGCUAGCCGCCUCGAGGAGGACGCGCACUGGGAUGGGCUGGAGCAAGCCCUUGCCCUGUCGGCAGCGGGGGACUCUGUCCACACCCCGCUCUUCAUGCCGCCACCGACACCGUCGCCGCCCGUCCAGCCCAAGCCGGAGCUGGAGCCGGAGCCGACGCGUAAGCGCUCCCCGCCUCCACCCACUUGGCCGGAGGAGGCCUAA